UAUUGAAGAUAAUUAAUGAACUUCUAAAAUUGAUUUGUACGACUGUGUACAUAGUAAAGAUGGAAGAAAUACAUAAUUUAAAGAACUAAAUUACUAAAUAUAAACUUAAUUGAGUGAAUAAGCUUGUACUAAGCAUGCAAUGCUAAUAAAUUAUGUAGUAAACGGAGAAUACGAACUAUAAAUAGGUACUUAUCGCCGAAAAAUCUUAAUAGUUUACUUAAUUAAAAUAUCUAUAACAAUGGAGCGAAGUCGACUGUUGUGAUUUCUCACAAGAGGGCUUUCACAAAAUAAAAUUUUAGUUUACAUGCCCAUUGUGCAAUUCUGUAUAUUUGUGAUGGGGUGCUUGCAUAGCAAAAAAGAACCUUCAGAAUUACACCCUAAUGUUUUUCGCGUUGUAAACAUUGAUGAAAACGGUGACGACUUAUGUUCCGGUCAGCUGGAGAUAACAGAAUCUGACAUCAUAUUGUACAGAGUUGGAAGAGAUUCUACAGUAUGGCCACUACAUUCUCUUAGAAGAUAUGGAUUUGAAGGAGAUUUAUUUAGUUUCGAAUCAGGCAGAAGAUGUGAAACUGGUGAAGGAAUAUAUGCUUUUAAAUGUAGAAGAGCAUCUUUAUUGUUUCGAAAAUUACAGCAACAAAUUCAACUACGUAAUAUUGUCCAUGAUUCGGUUGCAUAUCCAGGAUCAAGACUAACGCCACCACCUCAAGGGCGACAAACUCUACAAGCCACAGUUAUUCAUCGCUCCUCCAUAGACAAUGGACAACCAGAAGCACAGUCUGCAAUAAUCCAUAAUCUUUCAAACAUUACUUCUAAUUCUGAUGUCCUAAGACACGUAAAUCUAAAUACUACACCUAGAUCUCCUUCAAGUGCUGACAUAUUAGAGGUCACGCCUUUAUAUCCCCGACCCCAAUCGAGCAGUAGUCAUGUAACAAAUGUUUAUCAAUUCAGUGAAUUCAAAAGAGAACACAACAACAACCAAAAUGAAACAGCUGUUGAUUCUCGACAUGUAUAUUGUAAUGAUUUGAACAGAGAUUUAGCAGUACUUAGAAGUACUCUAAAACAGACUUCAGCUUUAAAUACAAUGAAAGAAAUAGAAGAUGAAACUCUUUUUCUUGAAAAUAGGUAUAUGAAUAACAACCAAAAGGAGAAACAUUUAUCUCCAACAUUAAGUGUUAGCAGUGAACAUUAUGCCCAGCUUAGCCUAGAGCGACAAGAGGCAGGUCGACUUUAUAUGAACAUUGCACCUAAUGAGGCAAACAUUGAGGGAAAUAAGAAUGAACUUAUUAACGCUAUUCAUAAACAAGUAGAAUAUUGUAAUUUGGCCAUGAGUGGUAAACCGGAACUUAACACAUAUGCUAACUUAGCUUUAGGAGACCUGGGAGACAUUGUUAAAAAUAUUAAAUUAACUUUUUCGACAGAUCGUAAGCAAAAUUUUUCUGAAUCCGAUACAAUAACCUCCAUUUCUCCCGUGGAAGAAUUAGAAGUUAAUUAUGCUAUUUUAGAUAUUGAAUCCAACAAAAAUAAUGCAAGAACAACCAAAGAUAACUUAAUAACUUCUGAAAAUAAUUCAAAUACUAGUUCGAAAAAUGAAAGUAUUUUUUCCGGUUCGUCUCAACCACACGGACGUCUCAUGUCACAGUGCAGCGUUGAGAAAAAUAUACCAACAAAUGUACCGCCUGCAGCAAUAGGAUAUACUACCAUAGAUUUUGAUAAGACUGUUGCAUUAACUUCAGUAGCGGCAUGCACUGAUGUAAUUGAUAUUGAUGGAAAUCGUAAAACGCGGCACAACUCUAUAAACCUAAUAUGUGGAAGUCCAAGUAUGGAUAAAAAUAAGUAGCAUAAACGUAUAUAUUUUUUAGGCAGCUUUCAUGUAGAAGAAGAAAUAAUCGGGUGUUACAUAUAAAAUAAAUCAAAUCAAAUGUUUUGGUUUAAAUAGUCUUGUGGUGCCAAAUGCAAUGUUUUUAGUUUUUAUUACAAAUUAACUAUAAUAAUAUAUAAGUUUUAUGGUGUGUUAGUGAAUCAAUAUCACUGUUCGAUGUAAAUAGCUAGAUAUUUGAAAAAUACGCAUCCGUUGAAGAGAAUCGCACGCUACAUAACUGAGGAAUGGCAAGUCUGUUUAAUUUAUGAAAAAAUCUGCCCUAAAUAGCUAUGAAUGAUUGAUAUUAAGUUAUAGACAUAGUUCCUAAAUUAUUAAUUGAAUUAAUACGGUGAAUAGGAAGAGGACAGGCCUAGAAAGCAGGUAGUAUGUAAUUAUAAUUGUAAAUGCUUGUUAUACUUUACAAUUACCUUUACAAGAAAUGAAACAUCAACUUACUAGUAUGACCAAGAUAUUCUGAUGUUUAUGUUAUUAUAAUCAUGAUUCGUUUUCCAUAAAUGGUAUGGUUAAUUAUUCCUUUACGCUCCGUAUUAGCGAUGUGCGUUUCCAAGAUACGUAAGUCGAUUAUUUUGCCUGUAAAAGCAUUUCGAUAAUUUUAUCCCCCGUGUAUGAGACAGUUAAGAGUUUAAGGUAUACCGACGUUGAUUCAACGUCAGACAGUCAAUUCAUUAAUCAAAAACAUAGUUUAUAACUCGGAAACGCCCAUCGCUAUUUUGUAUUGUUAAAUGUGUAAAUAGUAAAUUAAGUAAAAAAUAUACCAAAGUAGUUUUACCAAAUAUAUUUAUAGAAAAAAUA